UCUUAGCGUUUAGCCCUAACUUUCAAGCCCUAAGGCAUGGCGGCCCUCUUCCGUCCUGCUUGCGCUCAGUCGGCUUUGCAAUGUAGGGCCAUGUCUUCGGGACAGCAGCGCAGGGAAUGGAGGGCGGUUCAGUUGCGACCUCUGCGAAUGAAGGGCACCGAGAGAACAGGAAAUGAGCACAACUAUGCUAGCUGCGGAACACCCUUAUACAAGGCUACAGACGCCGGCUACGUUUACGAGGCUAUCAACAGAACGGUGGACGCUGACGGACGCAGGUGUGCAGCCUGUGGUGGGCAUCUCCGCCACAUCUUCGAAGGCGAAGGCUUUCCUGACAGUGAAAGCCUUAUGCCCGGAAACAAGUUCUUCCCAUCCAAUGCUUAUUGGUUUAAAAAUCGCCCACACCAGGAUGCCGUCAGGAUCGUGCUGCAGCAUGUGCUCGAGGAAGCGGAGUUAUCCAUGUUUACUGAGGAUGACCUCUCAAGGAUGGCAAGGGCUGGUUUUGUUACACUUCACGCGUUGAAGGUGGCGGCUGAAAAUCCUUCGUUCCUGGAACGCACUCUCCCAGGACGUUAUGCGCUUCAGGCUUUCAUUGUUCGUGCUUUCACAGCCGCAACAUCACGAGGUGGCGACCCCGGCCUAUCAUCAUACACCCAUCGUAGAGUAUUUGGUGUUGGGCACGCCGUGACUCCUGCAAAUCAUUACUUCGUGCAGCCUGACGUUGACAAGAUUGUAGCCGAUCUGGAAGUAGGGAGGUACUGUGUGCUGCUGGGUCCGAGGCAGAGCGGUAAAUCGACUGUAGCGUGGACCAUCAUGCGGCAGCUCAAGAGUGCAGGCGCUGUGUGGCCAGUUUAUUUGGGUGGACUAGCAGAUGCAAACAUCAACUGGACAACGUCAGACCUGUGGAGUACACUCAUUCGCUACCUGAAGCUGGCUUGUCCUCAGCACUUCCAGGACGCUGCCGGUUCAGAUGCUGUGGCUUUCAUGUCGCUGUUCAGCAAUGCAAGGUUGACGGCUCCAGUUUGCCUAGUUCUGGACGAAGCCGAUUCACUCCUCAACUUACCUUCGGAGUGCCUGGACGCAUUCUUCUCAACGGUUCGUGAGCUAAAGCAGAGCUUCAACCUUCGAUCGUUCCUCUUGAUCGGAGUUGAGACAGUGAAGGACCUGAUUGCGGCUGGGUACAGAAGAAGCUUGUUGGAGGGCUCCCUCCAGAAAGCAGCAGCGACAGGACAAGGGCCCCGAAGAUUAUCUCCGUUUCCGCACGAUUAUUCCCUGAGGGCAACGGGCUUCAAGCUGCACGACAUUGUCGACUUGCUGGAACAGGUGAACAUGGAUUACAACGGUGCGGUUCAAGAUGUGGAGCAGAUUGCAGCCUCAAUACUGGAGCUUACUUGCGGCCACAAGGGACUUGUUGGCAUGUGCUUGGCGUUCGUCCUACGUUUGGAGUUGUUCAGCUACGUCAAGUGGUUGGAACGCGUGGAUUCUUAUGAGCUUGGGACGUAUGUCUUUGGGCAGGCCACCUACAGCAGGAUUGUAGACAGCUUCAAGAUCCGUGCUCGUACUCCUGAUGGCUACAAGCUUUUACUUGGCUUUCUGGAGGAGGUGGAAAGGCGUUGUGACCUUCUCAAAUUCCGUGACUUGCUUGCAGAAGGUGUUUUGGCUGUGAAGCGGGUAGAUGAUGCAGCUGGUGAUUACUAUGUGGGGAUAUCUUCGCCAUUGUUGCUGACGGAGAUGCUGCGGGAGUGUGAAGUCAAGAGUGACAACGUGCAGGCACCACCCAGCCAGAGUAUGUUGGAUCGGAAGUGGUUGAUUGUUCAGGUUGUCCAGACAAUGGACAUGAAAGCGUUGCAAAGGUUGGAGAGCGAGAACGUGGAUGGACCAUCCGAGUAUGUUUACCAAUUUGCCUUUAUGUGUCGGCUCAAAGCAGUGUUGCGGCAAGCAUACCCACAACGUCACUUGGUCGUCCUUCCAGAGGUAAGGGAGAAACUUGGGGUGAAGAGACGGAGAUCUCAGAGGCACCUUAACAUGCUCGUGACAAAUGGUGGUGCAAAGUUUGGCUUUGAAUUUCAGGUGAAUGGUGACAAAAAGAGUUUGGCAGACCACCAUGAAAGGGCAAAGACUUACAACAAGCAGCACUCGGCUCAAGUUUUUCUGAUGAACUUCUCCAUAGACAAGCAAGCUAAGGAAUUGACGCCAGACAAUGGAGGAGUGAUGUUCGCUGGAAUUACUUUUGACACCAAGAGUGAGACUGUGACGGUACGUUUCAUAGACUCUAGAGGAUGCAAGCAGGUUUUCCAUGCAGCUGUCAGGAAUUGGGAUGGCAUAAUCUCGUUUGACUGAGGACGAGUGGGGUUUCUCAGUUUAUGAGCUGUGGUUUUUUAAUACAAUUGCCUAUUGUACUACAAA